GUCACCAGGUACAGGUUACAGACGUGAACUAGGGGCUUCCAGGAUCCGUUUUAUGUCAAAAGAUUUCCAUAAGUUCCUUGAUUUGCUCUCCCAACCCGUCAUUGUUGAGGGUGACACCAGCCUGCUCUUUCCCGCACCACAUGACAACUCCCUAAUAUUUUCCUCCACUUAACCGAAGUGAAUUAAAGCUGUGAGAGAGUGAGAAGAAGGCACCUCGGAGCAACACAAGGGAGUGCCAUGUUGAGCCAAAUUGUGAAGAGGGAAAGAUUAAGAUUUCCAGAACGAAAGUAUAAUGGAGCAACUGGUGCCAAGAAAGAGAAGCCAGCACCAGUAACCCGACCCCACAAUUCCUACACACAUCUGGAACAUGGACCUACUUGAACUAAACCUAAAGAGAACACUACAGAGAGAGUGAGAGACAGUAACAUGCAGGAAGGGCUGUCACCUGUGCUGUCAAGGGAAAAUAUGACAGGGGUAUGCAAGAAGGAACAAGGGAAAGAGACAUGGAAGAAGUUAAAUAAUGAAGAAGUUUGACAGCAAGUAAAAAAAAAUGAAAGAAAAGUAGAAGAAAGUUUCUGUAUGUGUUUGUGUGCGUUUCUGUCCAUGACAGAUAACAUAGCAGUGUGGGGCAGCCUUGAAGCGGGGAGGGGCAGGGCGGAACAAUGGAGGGUGCUUCAGGGGCAGUGGAGUUCCUGAGUGUGGAGUGUGACAUGAUCUUUGAGCCAGAAUGUGACCUGGAAACUGAGUGCCAAGAGGAUGACAGUCAGGAUGGGGGUGAGGGGAACGAAUCACUGUGCCGCUCCCCCUCUCCCAGGCCGCUUCAGCCCCACACGCCUCCUCCCAUCAACGACCUCUUCAGGGGCAGGAAUGUUGGGGUAUAUCGCCGCAGUGACCCCAGAGACCCCUUCAUUCUCAUCUUUGACCCCUCAGUACAAUCCCCCAUUAAAGAAGAUAAAGAUAAAGGCAGUGGGGGAGGGGAAGGGGAAGGGGAGGGGGAAUGGAGCAGCCCUGAGGAGAAUGGGGAGGAGGGUGUGGAUGUUGUGGAGGAGGGUGUUGAAGGGAAGUGCCAUCGGCCAGUGCGGUGCAAGGUGUGCCGUAAACAGUUCCGUACCCAUGGCUGUCUGGUGACUCAUGAACUCACUCAUUUGCUGCCCUGCCCCGGCCCGCCCCCACCCUGCCCCGUGUGUGCCGCAGCCCUGCCCUCACGAGCAGCACUAAAGAUACACGUGCGCCGCCAUUUCAGUGGAAGGACCCACCAGUGCCCCACAUGCCACCAGUGCCACCUCUCCCACACACAGCUCAUGAUGCACCAGCAGCUACACAGCACUUAUGAACACCACAACCACCACAACACAGUUGCCACCUCCACUAUCUCCACCCCCAAUACACCGACACUCAGUCCCACACAGCCUCAGGCCCAAGAGAGUGUGCACACCCCUCCAGAGUGCCAGCCCAAGGUGCCAGCCCCUCAGGAGAAGAGCCAUUCCCCAGUGCCAGACCUCUGCUGUGACCGCUGUGAUGCCACCUUCCCCUCGCGCUCGGCGCUCCACUCUCAUCGUAGGAGCCACCGGGAGCGCCACCGUCAUCGUCGCCGCCGCCGCCAUGAGUGCCCCGAGUGUGGUUCACAGUUUCGGCGGAGCUCGACUCUCAAGAAACACCGCAAGGCCGAGCACGACGUUUGAGGGACACACAAGCAUGCUGGACUGUAGAACUAUAUUGUUGGAAGGACCAGAGGCACUACACUGAACUGACAUGUCCUCUUGGAAAAUUUAAAAAGUAUUUGUGGCCUUGUGUACAACCCAUACUCAAGCUCUCUUGAAUGCUUGAGUUAGGUCAGUUGAGGUGCCAUUGGUUGAAGGGCAAGCUCAAGCGUCAUAAAUAGAGACAGAGAGGAGCUGCUUGGCAUUUGUUUGUGUUUUGUUGUGAUAUACAGUAGACCCUCCAUUUAGUGCAUUUCUUUUAAGGACUUCCUCAUAAUGUACCCUUGACUCUGACUCCUUCACACACACACACACACACACAUUAAAAAUAAGAAGUUCUACCAGUUCAAGAUUGAUAAAUCUCAUUGAAAUAACACCUCCAUUUUGUUUGAAUUUCUCUUGUACUUGUUUUGCAUUCAGUAGAGGGUCUGCUGCAUUGUUGUCUCAGGCAGGUGUUGGUGUCUGUUGGUUAAAGUUGUGUUCCGUAAGUGUUCAGUGUUCUUGGUUGGGUUGCUGAUGUAAGGUUCUCAGCAAAACUGCCUGAGGAGAAGGUUUGCCAUUAUUACAGUAAAAACAGCUUCUCAGAACUGAAUUAGUUGGAAGUCUUGUUAGGCUGCUUCAGACUCCUCUGAGAAGAGUUUAAAGGUGUCAUCAUUUAACCAUAUCUACAAAGGCUGUUUUCAUGGUUUAUUAAGCUCUGGAUAGAUAGACGAGGCUUCCAUCACCACUCACCAGACUAUGCACUACCUGCGUCCCAUGUGCCGUUUUAUUCUAUUUAAGAUUUUAUUAUUAUUUAAAAUAUUUUUACACUUGUUUGAGUUCUUUAUUUUCUGAUAACGUGUUAUUAUAUUGUCAAUUUUAUUUUAUGAGCUUCCUCCUAGAAAGAAGUGGCAUUUUUUACAAUAAUCGCUGAUGUACUGAUGAUAUUGGGCUGUUGCUAGCUAAUAAUAACCUGAUAUCAUCAUUAGUAGACUAACCACUAACUGAACUAACCAGCAUCAACAUAACCAUUGUCACCUUCUGAGCUUUAUGGAGUUGCAGCCUUUCCAGCUGAUGUGGCUGCUCCCAGUGAGAGGAUCAGUUGCCUGUGCAUGUGGUGUCUGCCUUCCCCUUUCCCUGACUUGAGGGGAAGGACUCAAUGCUUGGAAAGACAAUGCUAAGGACAUUUUUCCUGAAUUUUCCAAUGCACUGACAACCUUAAGAUAAUCAGACACCAGUGAUAUUGACUGAAAUAGGGAAAGAUAGGUAGGUUGUUAAAACAAUGACAGGUCAAGUGGUAAACAGACAGAUUGCACCACAACAGGCUACUUCACUUGACAGAUGGAAAAACAAAAUAGUGUAUGAGGAUAAUGAUAAUACAAUAACUAACAAUCUAACAAAGUAUAUUAUGUACACUUCUUCCCAAAAAUAUGCUUAACCAUAAUAAAAUACAUUAUACUCUAAACAGUCUACAGCAUGUGGUGGAUUGUGGUAAUGGUGAUAGUGUUACAGGUGACUGGUAAGGUGAAGCUGGGGGCAUACACUAUAGCUGCGGGUGGCUUCAGUGAGCCUGUGUCAGAAAAUAAUCAAUUACACAUGGCCAGUGUGACAUCCAGGUUACCAUGGUUUACUUUCCCCUGGUUUUCCCACAUACCCAUUUGUCAACAAGUGCAAAAGGGAAAAAAAACAGCUGGGUGGACUGGGCUCUGACUGCCCAGGCCAAAAUUUGGACCCAGGCCUAUGGAUUUGUAGCUAGGCGUGCUAACCACUGCACCACAGAGGCACAAAUACCACUACCACCACCACUGCUCCACCAUGUGUCUCACCCUGACUGGUUUAACAUUAUCACAGAAUAAAACCUUUUACUACC